UUCAUUUUUGUCAUUUUUGUCAUUUUUGUCAUUUUUUUUUGUAAAUUUUCGUUCACAGUGAUCCACAAUUCCGUGCCAUAGUGGUGGCUCCAGAGAGUGAAAUGGCGUUGUGGUGCGGAGUUAGGCUUCCAAUCAUGUCUAGCACGAUUUUUCACCUCCUUUAGUAACUGUGCAUCCUUCCUAGAAAAUGUGUGCUCGUUUUUACCAGGGCAAUGUUGUCAUCGGUAAUCGUUGAUGUAGUACUACAACAUUGGCUCUGCUGCUCCACUUAUGCACAGUUCAGCAAACACGCGUGGGUGGCUAACUCCAGUCGGUAGUAGUAUUUAGGAACAAAACGUUUUCCCCCUCCUCUUCACCGAGCUGUUCCGGAAAACAUUUCUUAUCGAACUUCUGAUCCAGCCAUAAAAGAAAAGGCACAUACCAAACUAGCAGGGUUUGCAGUUGCUUAAUCGACUCUGGUUGAUUUAUUAUGCCGUAGUAGGAAAUUAAACGAAACUAUCGUAGAGUCUUUUCCCCCGGUCCAAAAACUGAUAAUGGCCCUUCACUGGUGUUUUUUUCCCUGGAACCAGAAACAAAGUUAUCUUCGUACCGAAAUGUUUUUGUUUCAUUUCUCGAAAUGUUCUUUUGAUUCGGUUUAGUUUCAGUUUACCUUGACCCACGUAGGCCUUCACAUAGUCAUCAAAACCUACGCUUUGUGUUUUGUUUUUGUUUUCGUUUUUCUGAGUUUGCCCCCUUAAUUCUGAUUUCGACAUCUGGCAAACGAACGACACAAUUUAAGGUGCUAGCCAGCUGGCUGCACCAAGCUUCACCGGAAACGUUGCUUCUGGUGAAUUGCGUAGGUAGCUUGUCGAUGAUUGAUUUGUGUUCGAAACCAGAGAUGUUUUUUCUUGAGAGCUUGAGGCCAUCACUCGGUUAUCAAAUUACUGCCAUGAAAUUUGUUGUUCAUUGCCGCCGAACAAUUCGAUUUUUAUAUUUUUGGAUUGGUUUUUGGGAUUCAGUGUUUCACUUGAAAAUGGUAGAUAAAAAUUUUAAAUUUUUUUUCUUAAAAAUAUUUUUUUUAAAUAAUUUAACCCUUCUUUCAAUCGUUUUUCUUAAAUGUAUGAUUCACUGAGUUCUACAUUUAUUGGUCAUAAACGGUAGGUGCUGUCAAUUUUUAGUUAAUGAAGGUUAAGUUGUAGGAAGCCUGAAGAAAACUUAUAUUCAAAAUCCAGGCAUAAGAUCGUUUUCACUGCAAGCUUGGACUUACGGGAAGAAGCACGCUUGAUACACUGCUUUGGGGUUUUAUUUUUAUUCAACUCUUUUCUAUUUCAAAAUAGUUGCUUGGUGCUGAACAAAUUAAUGACAUGUCAUAAACCUGCUUCUGGAUGAAAUUCUCUUCAUUCAUUUUCAAUAUUCUUACUUAAACCAACUAACUUUCAGCAAAUAUAUAAUCAACGAAGAAAGAUUUUGGAAUUGACGAUAAAUUUUACCGGAAAUCCUGUUAUUGAAUUCUUUCGUCGAAAUGCGGAUAGUAUAACAUUUAUAAAUUUUUUCUUACUAAACUGAAAUUUGAUCAAAUUUUAAAUCUAAACCAAUCGCCCUCCUCUCAAGAUGCUGCUCGUAAAAAUGUUAAAAAAAUCACGGGUUUUACUUUAGAUUUGGAAGUACAGUUUUCCAUUAAAUUUGACCGAUUUUCAAAAUGAUACAUAUGUCAAUCUUCUUUUUGAAUAAGUCCAAAUUAUCAAAACAAAGCAUACCAAUUGCAAUUUUUGAUCGGAUUUGAGUAAAAAACGUGCAAUAAAAAUCGAGUCGGUUAACCAAAUUUGUCGUCAACAUCAGCAGAAAACAUGGUUGAAACCGACACAGUUAGAUAUAGUCGAAAAUUUCAAAAUAUGUAAUUGAUUUGUUUCAUUGAAAAAACUUGAACAAUAUGUGUAGUUUCGAAUAAAAAACAAAUAUGUUUUUCAUUUUUUUUCGAAUUUAUUUAGUCAUAAAAGUCAAAAAAGUCAAAAAAGUAAAAAAAGUCAAAAAAGUCAAAAAAGUCAAAAAAGUCAAAAAAGUCAAAAAAGUCAAAAAAGUCAAAAAAUGUCAAAAAAGUCAAAAAAGUCAAAAAAGUCAAAAAAGUCAAAAAAGUCAAAAAAGUCAAAAAAGUCAAAAAAGUCAAAAAAGUCAAAAAAGUCAAAAAAGUCAAAAAAGUCAAAAAAGUCAAAAAAGUCAAAAAAGUCGAAAAAGUCAAAAAAGUCAAAAAAGUCAAAAAAGUCAAAAAAGUCAAAAAAGUCAAAACAGUCAAAAAAGUCAAAAAAGUCAAAAAAGUCAAAAAAGUCAAAAAAGUCAAGAAAGUCAAAAAAGUCAAAAAAGUCAAAAAUGCCAAAAAAGUCAAAAAAGUCAAAAAAGUAAAAAAAGUCAAAAAAGUCAAAAAAGUCAAAAAAGUCGAAAAAGUCAAAAAAGUCAAAAAAUCAAAAAAGUCAAAAAAGUCAAAAAAGUCAAAAAAGUGAAAAAAGUCAAAAAAGUCAAAAAAGUCAAAAAAGUCAAAAAGUCAAAAAAGUCAAAAAAGUCAAAAAAGUCAAAAAAGUCAAAAAAGUCAAAAAAGUCAAAAAAGUCAAAAAAGUCAAAAAAGUCAAAAAAGUCAAAAAAGUCAAAAAAGUCAAAAAAGUCAAAAAAAGUCAAAAAAAUCAAAAAAGUCAAAAAAGUCAAAAAAGUCAAAAAAGUCAAAAAAGUCAAAAAAAGUCAAAAAAGUCAAAAAAGUCAAAAAAGUCAAAAAAGUCAAAAAAGUCAAAAAAGUCUAAAAAGUCAAAAAAGUCUAAAAAGUGAAAAAGGUCAAAAAAGUCAAAAAAGUCAAAAAAGUCAAAAAAGUCAAAAAAAUAAAAAAAGUCAAAAAAGUCAAAAAAUCAAAAAAGGUCAAAAAAGUCAAAAAAGUCAAAAAAGUCAAAAAAGUCAAAAAAGUCAAAAAAGUCAAAAAAGUCAAAAAAGUCAAAAAAGUCAAAAAAGUCAAAAAAGUCAAAAAAGUCAAAAAAGUCAAAAAAGUCAAAAAAGUCAAAAAAGUCAAAAAAGUCAAAAAAGUCAAAAAAGUCAAAAAAGUCAAAAAAGUCAAAAAAGUCAAAAAAGUCGAAAAAGUCAAGAAAGUCAAAAAAAUCAAAAAAGUCAAAAAAGUCAAAAAAGUCAAAAAAGUCAAAAAAUUCAAAAAAGGCAAAAAAAGUCAAAAAAGUCAAAAAAGUCAAAAAAGUCAAAAAAGUCAAAAAAGUCUAAAAAGUCAAAAAAGUCUAAAAAGUGAAAAAGGUCAAAAAAGUCAAAAAAGUCAAAAAAGUCAAAAAAGUCAAAAAAAUAAAAAAAGUCAAAAAAGUCAAAAAAUCAAAAAAGGUCAAAAAAGUCAAAAAAGUCAAAAAAGUCAAAAAAGUCAAAAAAGUCAAAAAAGUCAAAAAAGUCAAAAAAGUCAAAAAAGUCAAAAAAGUCAAAAAAGUCAAAAAAGUCAAAAAAGUCAAAAAAGUCAAAAAAGUCAAAAAAGUCAAAAAAGUCAAAAAAGUCAAAAAAGUCAAAAAAGUCAAAA